AUGACCGACCCAUGCUUGUGCAACGAUGGUCAUGGCUCGUUGAAAGUGCCUGGUUUCUCCGACGUUCCGCUCGAUCUUGAGAUCUACUCUCAGAAUCGUUUUACUCAUGGUGCGACCGAAUGGGUACAAUGGCCGAACCUGACCGCACGAGAACUUGCUAUGCUUGGUCUUAUGAACGACCUGACUGAAGAGCAUGGUUGGCAUAAAAACAUAUUCGACGAUGAUCUGAUGGUAGAUUGGCGUAUGCAGGCACUGUCGAGACCGCUUAUUAGUCCCAAGGCAUGGGACUGGUGCUUAGCCGAGCUGCAGGAUAAAGCUCUGUAUUUCGAACAAACUGGCAACAUCGUGGUCUUCAACACUGGAGCAGGAAUUGUCAAAUCUGAUGCAGUUGCGGAAAUGAUCCAGACUGAGUUGAGGGACGCUGCGAAGCUACUUGAAGCGGAUGAGAAAGCCCCGAGGCAGCAGGUCGUGCUGAAUCUCGUUGAUCCAAGCCUUUUCCCCUUGGUUUACGGUAGAACACGCGUUCUGAUGGACUCAGGCCGCGUGAGUCUCGACAGUACCAUCAACUCCUUCGGGCGGGGUGCAAUAGUGCUUGAUAUUCCGCCUGGCUAUUUCCGCCCUCGGAGGAACGUUCGCCGGGAUCCAUUAUGGUCGGAGGAGGUUACCCCGAGAGCAACGAACUCCGACGAUGAAAGAUGGUCAGCCCGAUCCCAAUGGCUACCUUGUGAAGUGGACUUUAUCAACAACUCAGGGACAGACGUGCGCAUUACGUCUUACGUGAACAAUCUACACCCGAUCCGAUCCCGCGCAUUAUAUGGAACAAUUGAAAAACUCAUCUCCCAAUCGAUUGAACCAUGGAACCAGAUCCUUAUUAAACAGAAUCGUGGUCGCACUCCGAUCCGGAUAAGGACAUACGGUGUUAAACCGGAUAAUGAGAGGCCUAAGUGGGCUACUUGGGACAAUCUGAGAAAGCUGGAGAGCGACCGCAGCAACACCGCCUUUAAAGAAGCCAUCUCACCGACAUGGGAGACUAAGAAUGGGGGGUUGUCGGAAGCACUCUACACAAAGUGGAAAAGACUAAGAACCUGGCGGCAUCCUGAGCCUGGCACAGCGUUUAGUUUUGACGAUUGGAAGGCUGGCCGGGCGGGAAAGACAAUUAUCGACAAGAAGAUCGACGAUCCUAACUUCAACACUUGCCACAACUUCUACAAAUUUGCCCUGCAAGACAGCUUCCGCAAAAAAGGCCUCCAAGUUGUCGUUAAGAUUUCAUCGGUCGAGUUGACACUAGAAGACUUAGCUUAUGGCGGUACUGAUUGGCACCUCGACGGGAUGCUUAACGACCACAUUGUGGCUUCCGCUCUUUAUGUGUUCGAUGUUAAGAAUGUAACAGAGGCACGACUUUCAUUUCGCCAACAGACCAGGAUGGAACAAGCGGAAUUCCACUAUAGCAAACACGAAAUGGAGAUACUGAUGGAGGUGUUUGCAAUUCCUAGCGAUGAAGAAGACAUGGACGACUUCGUCAUGUUUGAUUUCCCGCCCUCUCUUCAGGAUCUGGGGUCACCCAUUCAGCUGCUUAAUCCCACCGUGUCAGGACACUGCAAAUUCAUAUCUCUACAUCUAGUAGAUCCUCAUUAUCGAAUAUGCUCGACAAGGAAUGUACCACUACAACGACACGACUGGUAGGUUGAAGAGGCAAUUAAAGCGACUAGAGCGGCCAAGCAUCGCCUCCCACCGGAACUGAUUUAUCAAAUUGACGCUGAAACUAGAGAUUAGCCGAUGGGUAUAGAAGAAGCGGAGAGAGUAAGAUUGGAGCGUGAGCAAGAGCAGAAUACUGUAGACGAAUUCAUCAUAAGGCGUGGUGCUCAUAGAUAUAUAUUCUAAAGAAUCUUGCAAGCGAACACUAGAAAUUCAAGUUGGACACCG